AUGGCACAGGGUCGACCAAUAAAAUGUGUUGUCGUUGGGGACGGUACCGUGGGAAAGACGUGUAUGCUCAUUUCUUACACCACUGACAGCUUUCCAGGAGAAUAUGUCCCCACAGUAUUUGACAACUACACAAGUUCUAUGAUGGUUGAUGGUGUUCCAGUAAGUUUGGGGUUGUGGGAUACAGCAGGCCAGGAAGAUUAUGAUAGACUACGACCUCUCUCUUAUCCCCAGACUGAUGUUUUCUUGAUCUGCUUCAGUGUUGUGAGUCCAUCUUCAUUUGAGAACAUCAACACAAAAUGGUGUCCAGAGAUUAAACAUCAUUGCCCCGAUGCUGCAGUCCUUCUUAUAGGCACCAAAAUAGAUCUUCGAGAAGAUAAGGACGUGAUCACGCAGCUGGCCAACAAUAAUUUAUCACCUGUCAAAAGGGAACAAGGAAUCAAAAUGGCGUCUAAAAUCAGGGCUGUCAAGUAUCUAGAAUGCUCUGCUUUAACUCAGAGAGGACUUAAACAAGUUUUUGAUGAGGCAGUAAGGGCAGUGCUAAAUCCACAGCCAACAGUUCGACCAAUUAGGAAGUGUUCCCUUCUGUAG